AUGUCACAACUUAGGGCACCGCAGCACGACAGGACCUCCACCAUGGAGAGCUCUGAAGGUGACACUCGGGAUUGCACAUCGGGGGACGACGAUGACACGGAUUUCAAGAGUGAUACCAUGUUUGACUCGCUGCGCACUGUUGGCUCCGGUCGUGCCCGUGCUGUUGAGACCCCAUUGGAGUCCAUGUAUGACGAGUCACCACCAAGCACCGCCGGCAAUGGUACAAAGACGAAGCGUCUCUCAAUUCACGAGAUCCUCGGCCGGACAUGGGAUGAAGAUGACAAGAUCAUGGAGGAGGACGAGAAUGCAUCCACACCUGUCCGCACAGUCAAGCGAUCUGAAGCAUCACCACGCUUUAGGCUUGAGUCAAGAUUUAACCCAUCGCCCUACGAUGUCUUAACCAAUACGACCAAGGAGUACAGCAGGCUGUCCUUGGACGACGAAUUUGACGAUGAUUGGGCUAGGGAUGAUGAGUUUCCCUGUAACCCCUUAUCACCUCCCUCUAAAGGGAGCUCACUGAAUUCCAGAGGAAUCAACCCUAAUGUUCGCCUCGCCCUCGCCAAUAUUAGUGGUAAUGGCCUUCCUGAUACGAACGGUCACGAUGCUACUAACGACCGCCCACUUAGCACUCUCUUCGACUGGAGCGAGCCCCCGACACACGACAAAUUUGAUACUGGACGGAGUUUGCGACCCAAGACUGCUUAUGCUAAGGAGAUGGACUCUAGAGGUGGUCGCUCCGCCAUACGCAAAGGUCCAACCCCAACUCAUGUUCGAAGCCAGAGCGUCCCCGUGGUUCAUGAUGCCCCCGGAGAUCCCAAGACUACUGGAUCCAAGUAUGGCACAUGGGGCAUGGGCACCAAGACAGUCAGCGAGGACUGGGAUGACGAUUUCGAAUUUGGUGCUGGUCCCGUCGGUAGUAACGACAAGAGUGACAAAAUCUUUGCAGUACCAGAAUCGAUUCGUGCGACACAGCCAAGUGUCAAGGCACAUUCCGGCCAUAUUCGAGAAUUCUCGCUUCUUGUCAAUGAUUUAAAACGUCUGUGCCGUCAUGGGCGAGAUAUGGAUAUGCUUGAAGGAUCUCAGAGGCAUCUCUGGAAGGAGGCUGAUGGUAUUAUUGCUCUGGCAUCCCCCGAUGAAGAGUCGUUGGACGAGAACGAUGAUCAAAAGUCAACUUCAUCUAUCAACUUCGAUGCAUUCGAUAUUGACGAAACGUUCGGAGACGAGGGGUUUGAUGCCCAUUCUAUGAAUCGCCUCGAUGCCGCCUUUGAUGGUCACGAGCCCGCUAUGUCCAAAACCACUGUUGUUCGAGAACGUCACUCUCCCCGGCGAAGAUCUGUCUUCUCUCCAGAAGAUGAUAUCUUCGGCAAUUGGCCUUUGAAUGACAACCCCCCUUCCAACAGACCCAGUCGCCCUCGAACGCCUGAGAACAAGUACAACAAGGCUCAUGACGUAUCGGGGGUCGUCCGUUCUGUCAUUGGGGCUAUGCAACAUCGUGCUCCCGAGCAAGCACCUGACAACGGCAAAGUCCACUUCGACACAAAUAGCCUCAAGGCUCUGGUCAAGAGAGCCGGCGAUUUACGAGAUACACUGUCCGACAUUGUUCGACAGGCCGACCAGAUUACGCACAGUCCAAUGAGAACACCCAGGCAUGAGCGCCAGCAUGACUCGAGCCCUGCCUUUACACGGGUCUUUGACGACCCUGGUUCGAACCCUCCUAGAAGAGUGGCACGAAGCCGCGGAAACAAUUCACUCAGGGAAGCCGCAUCAUCCGAUAACUCACCAUCUUCUGGCCUACCACAACGGAUGCAGAUGAUGACUGUCAGCUGA